GGCCUCUGUAACCACCAUAGUGUGUUAACAUCUUCAGCAAAAAUACCUUGGUGUUGGAAUCUUCAGUAAAACUUGCCUGUCAACUUUUCAAACACCUGUGCCCUGUCCGUAUAACCUUACGGACAAUGACCCUGGUUAGACCACACCUUCUUUUGUGAAGCAUGCAUGUGUGAUCAAUCAAGUACCUUGCCCAACCAGACCAAAACACCACAGACCAUAGGCACGCAACCAGACGUUACUUUUCUUGGUUACGCUCGUCUCUCUACCAUAUGGAGCUGUGACAAAGAUAGGGGCUACCUGAAGCAAGGCUCACUUGUUCAUGAACUCAGCAGAGACAACAUGGCGAACUGUUCGGACGAGGUGCCGUUCUCAGCAGACAUUCUAGCGUUGGCGGGAAGAGACCUAACCGUACGCGCCCUCCUCAGCACUGCGACCGUGUGUUUCGCGUUAACGUUCGGCCUGUACGCGGAGGAGUGUUACUCCCUCAACAAACGUGUUCCGGACCCACUGCGGAGGAACAAGCUACUCAUCGUGCUGGGGCUAUUUCCAAUGUUCAGUAUGACGUCAUUGGUGACCUUGUGGGUGCCAAGGGCAAGCCUUUACUCCAACUUCUUAUCAACGGGGUACCUGUCAGUGUCCAUGCUGGUGUUCUUCAGUCUGCUAACGGACUAUCAUGGCGGGAAAAAGCUCCUGCUGGAGGAGAUGUCGGAAACUGACAUCAAGUUCAACACGCCACCUUGCUGCUGUUGUUGUCUCUGCAUCCCCAAGUCUAAGCUAACCAGGAAGGGGUACGGGCACCUGCGGAUCCUUGUGCUGCAGUACACUAUCGUGCGCCCCCUACUGGAAUACAUCGGAGAUGUAGCCGGGGCCGACGGGACACUGAACGAUGCUCAGAUCUCAGUCCAGGGUGCGUUCGUGUGGCUGACCAUACUGCGGCUGUUGUCCACCUUGGUGUGCAUGUACGGCUGCAUGGUGAUCUACCAGAACGUCAGGGAGAUGGAGAAAUUUCAACACGUCAACAUCAGGCCCAAAUUUAUGAUAGUACAGCUGGUGCUGCUGAUCUCUAACAUGCAAACGGCUCUCCUGUCCAUCUUGUCGACUGCAGGCGCCAUACCGUGUAACCCUGACACCCUCUUCCCUGUGAGAAGCAGGGCUAACGCUCUGAACCAUUUGCUCGUCGUCUUUGAGAUGUUGUUGCUAGGGCUUCUCGCUAGGCGGCUCUACCUACAAGAAUACGCCACCCUGCAGAGGGGCGGAAACCACACUCCCACCGCCACCGAGGGAGUCACUAACCCCGCCAUGGAAGCUGAGAACGGGGAAGUCCAAACAGACGAUGUAAAGGCACAAGGGGUGAAUAUCACGUUUGUGUGAAGAUCUGGGUGAUAGCAUACGGCAAUAUAAGGUCAUACCGGUUUGAGAAAUGCUGUCCUUGAAAGCAAUAUUGUAUAUGUUCUCCUCUAACUGCAACGAUAACGUAUCUUUAGAACUAACUUUUGGCCUGGUCACCGGAAAAACAUAUAUGUUUCUUGGUCCUCCUGCAUGUUAUCUUUAACCACUACAUGCAUUGGUAUAUGAUUUGAUGUCUUUAUUUUCCAAAAUCAAUUUAACUUCGUGGUUUUAAAGCUUCUGGUUUUAAAUUUCUGGAAUUUCUUGCUUGUGGACAGACUCUAAAAUACUAAAAAGUGGAAACUUUUUCGUACUUUUCUAUCAUUUUCUUAAUUUCCUAUCAUUAUUACCAAGUUGAAAUUGUUCCUGACAGUCUGGUGUGUGACCUCCAGUGACCCCUCUGCCAGUGUGCGCCUUCGGAGCAAGCUGGACAGUCCGGUUCAACGGAAUCACCUCUGAUAAACUAUAGACUUCAAACGUAGGAAUUGAUUGAAGAAAAAAGUAUGGCUUUGAUGGAGUUUGGCAGAGAUUGUGUUUGUCUGGCUGUGUAUAUAAGAUAGAGGAGAGAAUUAACCAUGUUGUAAAAAUGCAUCUAUACCAGAAGACAGGAAAGUACCAUUAGGUCAUUCUCCUGCGCAAAGCCUUGUCCUUGGUCUUUUCAUGUACAGUAUAACGUGGGGCGGCUCUGGUAAACUUGGCUGGCGUUUUCACAUUUGUGAGAGUGGUCUAUAGCCAGUUGUCAGCCAAUCGGAGAAUCGCAUUAAUGUUUUAGGUAAAAUCGAUUCUCUGAUUGGCAGACAUCUGGUUAGAGGCCACGCCCACAAAAAAGUGGAAACCUCGGUUUAGUAGAGCCUACCCAAUGCAUACAGCACAGGCCGCGACCGAGGCUCUAGUAGUGUGCACUAGAAGAACCAUGGUCUUGAUAAUUUAUUCGUAUGGGUCCUGGUACAUUUACGCCAGCCAGGCGAAUCAGAUAUCUUUCAUUAAAACUAGUGCUAGGGUAUUACCUCAUUUGCAACACUACAUGUUUAUAUCAAAAAGUAGUUCAAUGAAAAUUUAUAUUAUGUCAUUAUAAAGGAGUUAGGUAUGGAGGGAAAUGUAUGUUAGGACUUUUAGUAUUGCAUAGCAGUAUAACCUGUAAUAAAGACCACCACAAGGAGCUAUGUUUACUACGCAUUCGGAAACCAAACUGGUGUACAUUUGUUAUGUAUAGGAUGAACUACUGUCAAUAUAGUUUGUACCCUGUAGCUUUCUUUUACAUCAUAUAGAACAAAAUAUUUUUAUCAUGUACUAUAUGAUGACCUCAACGAGAGGUUUGAUGGUUGUAUCCGGAAAACGUAUCUUAUAACUGUGUCUACAAACCAGUGUAUGUUAGUGUAUAUGUCGAAUUCAUUGCAUCUUCCGUAUGGUUGGCU